AAACUCUUCAAUUUUGUGAAUUAUAUCAAAAGAAAACUUCGAUAAAUUGAUAGCAAAGAUAAAUUUACACGUCGUGCUCUCUUUAGAAAUAAAUUUAUAAGAAUAAUUUUACUGACGAGUUUCUAGUCAGAACGAGCUUAAUAUAAUAAAUAAAUUACAUAACGUUUAUAAAAAAUUUUUAAUUUGUCACACGAGAUCUGGCUGACGAAAACAAGAGAAAAAAAAUAAAUAAAUUAAAUCACAGUUUAUUCAAUGCAUAAUGGAUAUAUCACAAGAUUUAGAAGAUUUUAAUCAGAGUGCUGAGCAAGCUUUGGAACAGCUACAAGAACAACAUAUACUUCAUAUGGAUGAGCUAACGGCUAAAAUCGAUAAAGUACUCACGCAUCAACAUGAACUAAUUGCGCUGGUUCGAAAAGUUUCCAAACAUAAUAUAUGCCUACCUAUAGUUAAAAAAGAAGAGCUUGGCCCUGUUAAGCACGAUAUAACCAGUAAUAUAGCGGUGCAUUUGCCUGCUUUGAAAUGUCUACUUGAACGCAAAAGUGUGCACCAGUUUCAGCAAUAUGAUUUUUGAAUGCACGCCUGGAGGCAUUAGCAGAAGAAUACUAGUUGAAAAUUGCAAAGUUUCUAUUUCUUUACCAGAUGCAACAAUAAAAAACCACAGUGCUAAACAAUUAUGUGCUAAAUAUAAAUUAUUUUAAUAAACAUACAUACCUAUUUUUGGAGACCAUAAUAAUUCAUUGGUAUAUCAGUUGUAAUAAAUAUAUGUGUUUUGGUAAUAAUA